CCUCCACCCUUGACCUUGCUCCGCUCCGCGCCGUGUGGGCUCCACGUGACCGGGAGAAGCGGAGGAAACAACAGGGCACAACGAACGCGAGAAGGGGGCGAGCUACUGUCCGUGUGGCCGAGGAGAGGCGGACGGAAAUGUGAAGGGAAGCGAGGAAUCCUCGGGACGCGCGCCUCCGCCGCCGCCGCGCCGUUCCCCGAGCAUCCCUCAUCCCUCCCCGCCCGCUGGAGGAGGAGGAGGAGGAGGAGGAGGAGGAUGCUGCCUCUGCCUCUCCGGACCCGCGCAGCUGGAGCUCGUUGGGAUGAUUGCAGCGCGUGACGGCCGGAAGGCGAUGAGCGUACAGAACCGGGACGAGGACGACGACUGAACGGGCUCUUCCCCUUCUUCGAGGACUCCUGUGCGCGCAGUGCAGCCCCCCUCGACCAGCUAUUACCCCAAACACACACACACACACACACACACACACACCACCGCGGUUACAUUAUUCAAGAGCAUCUUCUCCUCAAAGCUCCACACACUUCUGUGCGCGAGCCUCGACGCGGAUGGAGACCGAUGGCCGGGCGCCGCGGAUUUCGUCGGAAGGGGGACGCGACCUAAAAUAACCCCCCCGGUGCCAAGUGGUGUACGAGGGCGGAUUCCUGACAAUGAGCCGGUGAGCUGCAGUAACACCUCUCGUCUGCCGAGUAGAGGCUGUGUCCCCUGCAGCCUCCCGCACACCGGCCUCUCCAGAGACCGACCCCCGACCGACCCCCCCCCCAAUUCCCAUUCCCAUUCCCACACCCCGCCGCCGCCACCCGAAGCCCGGACGUCGGUGACUUUCUUUAAUGGCUUUUGUGUUCCGGAGAUGGAGGGCCUUACUGGUGCUGAACGUGCUCGCGGUCGCCGGCUUCGUGACUUUCUGGGCCAAGUGCAACAACGCGCGCAGCGUCCGGCCCGCCGCUCCGGAGGCGCCCGUCGACGGGAGGAGGCCCCGGGCCAACGGCACGGCGCCGGGGCCCGGCGUCAGCCAUGAGGUGCUGCUGAAGAGGCUCAGCUCGCUGGAGGACGUGGUGUACAGGCAGCUGAACGGUCUGUCCAAAUCUCUGGGCCUGAUCGAGGGCUUCGGGGGUCGGGGUAAAGGCGGCCUCCCCGCCACACUAUCUCCAGCCGAGGAGAGCGACGCCAAAAACCUGAGGGAGAAGUACGGCUACAACGCCUACCUCAGUGACAGAAUCUCUCUGGAUCGAACCAUACCAGACCACCGGCCCAGCAAAUGCAGAAAGGUCAGCUACCCGAGAGACCUCCCCCAGAUCUCCCUCAUCUUUAUCUUCGUCAAUGAGGCUCUGUCCGUGAUCCUGCGCUCAGUCCACUCUGCUGUCAAUCACACGCCUGCUCACUUGCUCAAAGACAUCAUAUUGGUGGAUGACAACAGCGAUGACGAGCAGCUGAAAGGCCCACUGGAGGAGUAUGUGAACAAGCGCUACCCCGGCCUGGUGAAGAUCGUCAGGAACCAGAAGAGAGAGGGACUGAUCCGGGCCAGAAUCGAGGGCUGGAAGGUGGCUACUGCCGAGGUGACAGGCUUUUUUGAUGCCCACGUGGAGUUCACACCGUCUUGGGCUGAGCCGGUCCUGGCCAGAAUAAAAGAGGACCACAGGAGGAUCAUCUUGCCCUCCAUCGACAACAUCAAGCAUGACACGUUUGAGGUGGAGCGCUACGAGAACUCGGGCCACGGCUACAACUGGGAGCUUUGGUGCAUGUACAUCAACCCGCCCAAACAGUGGUGGGAUGAGGGGGACAUGUCUGCUCCCAUCAGGACCCCCGCCAUGAUUGGCUGCUCCUUUGUGGCAAACCGCGAAUACUUUGGCGAACUGGGUCUGCUCGACUCUGGCAUGGACGUCUACGGAGGGGAGAACAUCGAACUGGGCAUCAGGGUGUGGCUGUGUGGAGGCAGUAUGGAGGUGCUGCCUUGUUCCAGAGUGGCUCACAUUGCACGAAUGAAGAAACCCUACCACAGUAACAUAGCUUUCCACACACGGCGUAACGCUCUACGUGUGGCUGAGGUCUGGAUGGAUGAGUACAAAUCCAACGUCUACCUGGCCUGGAACAUACCAAUGGAGAACCACGGUAUUGAUUAUGGAGACAUCUCUCAGAGGGUCGCCCUGAGGAAAAGUCUUCAGUGCAAGAGCUUUGAGUGGUACCUUGAUAAUGUUUACCCCGAGAUGAGGAGGUACAACAACACGCUGUUCUAUGGCGAGAUUCGUAACUCUAAGGCGAGCCAUCUGUGUAUGGAUCAGGGCAUGAAGGAAAACCACACGGCCACCUUGCAUCCGUGUCAUGGAUGGGGCCCUCAGUUAGGACGUUACACCAAAGAGGGUGAGUUGUUCCUGGGCCCCCUGGGCAGCACUGGGGAUGACACUCGCUGUGUGGUGGACGAUCAGAUCAGCAGCUUUCCUCAGCUCCUCAACUGCGACAAGGUCACCAACAUGAAGCAAAAGACAUGGCGUUUCUCUCAGAAUGAGUCGUUCAUAAAUCGAGCGACGGGACGCUGUGUGGAGGUGGUGCCGGCAAACGUUUACUUCGGCCACCUGCUGGUCCUGCAGCCCUGCUCCGGGCAGAGGUGGACCAUUAAGAACAACAUGAAGCAGUAGCCAACUGGCAAAUUUCACUGGGACCAAUGAGGCCACGUUGAAGAGCUGACGCCCGACCUCAGCUCUGCCGAGCCACAACUGAUGAGGCUCCUCGUCUCCUCAACAGAAGACAGGGCUCACUUAAAAGAGAUACGAGCUGGAUGGGAGAUGAUUCGCUUUUUUCACAAACUGGAUAUUCAAAAUGAUGCAAGUUUUGCAUGAGAACUGUUUCUCUUUUCAUCUGAAUUUGACAAACUUUCAAUGUGAUGUUGCCAUGAAUCAUGUUUGUGCCACUUCUUUACAAUGUUAAGGAUGGAGAUUAAAUCAGCCAAAACCAUGUUCUGUCUUAUGUGGGGGAAAACCGUGUCGAGCUUCAUCCUGAAUUAUGAUUGUCCUAAUACAAAAGAAUAAAACCCCUGGAAUUAAAUUUCCAGAAUAUGCACUGACCAUAAUACAUUAGUAGUUUGUGUUAGGCCUAAUCAGUGGUUCAACCUUUUAGCUCAAGACAUCUCAAAAAUCAAAGAGUGCCAACUUCUGAAAGGCAUAACUUUAACCGUGAAUAAUACAUCAAUGCCCAAAAAGGAUUUAUAUUUUCUUCUGACAAGUCUAGAACCUGUAAAUAUUUUAUUUCAACAAAAAAAGUAAUUCAUUAUUGAUGCAUUGGGCUGUGCUUUUUUAGUUAUUGUAAAUCAUCUCAAAUCACCUCAAAAAUCUGUUUAGGGCUACUGGGGUAAAUUAAGGUUUUAUAUGUCGUGGAUGUUUGUCUUUCUGUCAUUUUUAUUUAAAACAGUCCGUAGCACCAAAUGCAGUACAUCUUAUAGCAUGAUUGUAAGUACUGUAUGCACAUGGGAGAAGGUAAAGUUGAGCCGAGUCGAUUUAUUCUGUUUCUUGCCGAGUGCCGUGACCACUGCAGAUGGCCAAAACCAACGAAGCACUUUUUUUUUGGCCACGACAGAUCGAACUGCAGUUUAUGAAGGGAAGACUGAAUCAGGAAAGAUGCACGAUUGUGGAAAAGCUGCAGGCCUUUAGGGCCAGUAUUGUUAAAUGUUUUGAAAUGUAUAUGAUGUCAUGAAUUCAAUUAAUUCAAUGUUAUCAGUUGGAUUUUUUCUCCUGAGAUUGUCUUCCAAUAAACAGCUAGUUUCCUG